AUGUCUUCUUCACUCUACGACACAUCUAUUCUCCCCGCCAAGAACGCCCUCACCGCUCUUGCCCACAUCAUCCGCAAAGGCGAGGAGCAUUCCAAUGGCGCCAACUUCCUCACUGCCGCCCUCAUUGAUGACAUGAAGCCAUUGAGCUUCCAGAUCUUGUUUUCUGUCUCCCUUGCCGAGAAAUUGGUCGCCAGAACGAGCGGUACUCCGGUCCCAGAUUCCCCCACCGAAGUCUCGUCGUUCGCUGAGGCCCACGCACUCAUUGAGAAGGCUCUCAAGGCUCUCAACGACGCUGAUAAGACCACCAUCGACAACAACGCGGAGAAAAUGGUCGAGGUUGGUAUGGGACCUGGAGUCAACAUCCCCAUGCGUACGGACAGCUAUGCCAGUGCCUACAGCCUCCCUAAUAUCUACUUCCAUGUUAUGACUGCCUAUGCCAUCCUGCGAAAGGAGGGCGUACCCCUUGGCAAGAUGGAUUACCUCAGUACUUUCAUUGGACCUUACCUCCCUCAGAAGGAGUGA